AUGGCGGCUCGAAGAUCACAGGUUUUGGAUUUAAUAUUUGUUUGUGUGAUCGUGACGUAUCUUGGUAAAGUAAGGUGCAAUGAACCGCAUUGCUCAAAGUUUGAUUUUGAGGAGAAGGUUUUGGAAAAACUCGUUCGAAUGGAGUAUAAAGCGGAAAUGCAAGAAAAAUCAGUAAGAAAGGAACUAGGGGACAUGAAAAGUGAACUUGAGAGCUAUCGAGACGAUUGGCAGAGACUUAAACAAGAAAAUGAUGACUUGAAGACCAGUUUGAAAAGUGUCGCUCAAAACAGUUUAGAUCAGAUUGCUUCGUAUAAAGAGUCGCUUGUGACCCCGACUGUUAUGUUUAAAGCUCGAAGAAUGAAGGUUCUGUCAUUGGACAAAGGACAAACUAUGAUUUUCAAGGACGUCAUGUUUAACAAUGGUAGCGGGUAUGAUAAUACCAGAGGAGUAUUUACCUGUCCAAUAGAGGGCGUGUAUUUAUUCACCAUUCACUUGUGUUCUCCAACAAACAAGUACAUCACAUAUGACGUCAUGGUGGAUGGGACAAUACACACCAAGGGAGCAAAUAGGGAUGCCACAAGCCAAGUGUGUACCUCUGCCGAUGCUAUCGUUGAAUUACAGGAGGAAAGCAGAGUUUGGGUUCAAUCGAACUACGACGAAGAUGAAUUAUAUGAAGAUGGAUAUCGAUGGAGCUCUUUUUCGGGUGUUUUGAUACAUAGUUAA